CCGUUGUUUACACGUUUGAUACGCUAUCAGUAUGCUAUCUGAGAGUGAGAUAUACAUUUAAUCCGAAUUAAGGUAAUCGUUCACCUUUUGGAACGUCGCGGCGUUCAUCAGUUCUUUUGGAACGUAAUGACAUAUAACAUAUUCUAGCUGGAUGAUUAUUAAACACUCGAGGAAGACAUGUUAGCUAAUGAGAGUAAUGGUGCUGCUAUCACAUAGCCUUGUCAGCUAUGAACUCUAAGGCUCUUAACACGAGUAUAAACAAAUGAACUGCACUGAACUUCACUCUCUACGGUAUUCAUUCAUAAGGUAAAUAAGCAUUUGCUAAUAAUACUGAGCUCAUAAGGGGUUUUAACUCCUCAUACACCAAUAAAAACACGCCAUGGCUCAAAGCUACCGCAGAGACCCACAUCAUGACUCCGUUUAUAAACGUCCUAGAGACCCCAGCAGUGACUUUAACAGUGAUAAACGGCAGCGAGCAUCCGACGAAGCCCAGCACAGACCCGCCGAGACUCUGAGCGUUCACAGACAACUGUACGAGAGAAACUUCCCUCUUUACAAGCAGCCGGUGGAGGUGGGCUUCUUCUCGCUGGACGCUCACAGGAACUUCUUCAAUGACCAAAGGCAGAUGAGAUAUUACGUUGAGCCCAGAAAAAGUCCGGAUUUUAAUUUAAGGGACGGAUACACCAACCGCUUCGUGAAAAGAGACGAUGGCGUGAAAGAGAAGCUUGAUCACAUGCUGAGGUGGAUUCUGGCCAACAGAGACAAGAUCAAAACCAGAGACCAAAGCAGUGCUCUAGGUGUGGACUUUGUGACAUGGAGAGGACACCUAACCAAGGUCCUGACCACCCCGUACGAGACUCAGGAGGGAUGGAUGCUGGCCGCCUCCAAGUUCAGAGGCACCAUCUACAUCAGUGAGGUGGAAACGGAGGCGGCCAGAGCGAAUCGAGUGACCCGGUCGGAGCGGCAGGAGGAGAUGAUGUACUGGGGCUACAAGUUUGAGCAGUACACCUGUGCAGAUGGCGUGGAUGGCACUCCAGACCCGGGGGGCGUCGUGAACACCAACGAGGCGUUCUGUACGGUGGUUCAGACCCGUUUGGCCGACCAUAAGCUGCUCUUCUCCGGGGAGGUGGACUGCCGGGUCAAAGAUGCUCCUCCGGCUCCGGGGUGUUAUGUGGAGCUCAAGACCUCCGCAGAGAUCUGCACCCCGAAACAACGGAGUAACUUCCACAGGUACAAGCUGCUGAAGUGGUGGGCGCAGUCAUUUCUUCCUGGAGUGCCACAGAUAGUCGCUGGGUUUCGAGACCAUGAUGGGAUAGUGGUGUCUAUUGAGACCUUCCAAACCUCGAAAAUAUCACAACUGAUCAAGAACGAGCAAAACUGCUGGAAGCCAACAGUCUGCAUGAAUUUCUGCAACGAUUUCUUGUCCUUCGUCAAGUCAGUGGUCAAAGAGGACGACCCAAGACUGGUGUACCUGUUGGAAUGGGAUCCACACAGAGACGUGACCUACACCGUCCACAGAGACUCUCCGUUUACAUUCUUGCCAGAGUGGUACGUGAAGGACACGAGGAGCCAUCACUCGUCUCACCACUGACCUUUUUACCCGUCAUUAACACACUGUAUCGGUGCUGUGCACAACUUGCUAUUGCUUGUGUUUUCUGGAUUAAGUUUGAACCUUGAAAAGGACGGUUUUAACCAACAUUGAGUUGAUGUCCAUGUUUUUUUUUUAUAUUGGGAUUUUAUUUUACCCAUUGUUUGUUAUGAUGACUAUGAUGUCCUUU